AUGGUGUCUCCCGCGGCCUCCGCCGGUCGCCUGGGCUCCGCGCUGCCCUUCCUGCUCGUGCUCUUCGACCUGCAGUACCAAGGAGCUGAAUGUGGAAUAAAUGCAGAAGUAGAAAAACAACUUGAAAUGGGAAAGAAGUUGUUGGCUGCUGGACAGCUAGCAGAUGCUUUGUCUCACUUUCAUGCAGCUAUAGAGGGAGACUCUGAUAACUACAUUGCUUAUUACAGAAGAGCCACAGUGUACUUAGCCAUGGGCAAAUCUAAAGCAGCAAUUCGUGAUUUAAGUAAAGUGGUUGAACUAAAGCAGGACUUCACAUCAGCAAGAUUACAGAGAGGACACUUACUGCUCAAGCAAGGAAAAUUUGAUGAAGCAGAGGAUGACUUCAAAAAUGUGCUCAAAUCCAAUCCUAGCAAUAAUGAGGAAAAAGAAGCCCAGACUCAGCUGACAAAAUCUGAUGAGCUACAGCGCCUGCAUUCACAAGCAUUAUCUGCCUACCAGCAAGAGGAUUAUGAAGCCGCUAUUUCUCUUCUUGAUGAAAUCUUGGCAGUUUGUGUUUGGGAUGCAGAGCUACGGGAACUUCGAGCUGAGUGUUAUAUAAAGGAAGGGGAACCAAGCAAAGCCAUUAGUGACUUGAAAGCUGCUGCCAAAUUAAAGAAUGAUAACACUGAAGCCUUCUAUAAAAUCAGCAGAAUAUAUUAUCAGCUGGGGGACCAUGAAUUAUCACUCAGUGAAGUCCGGGAGUGUCUGAAACUGGACCAAGACCAUAAGCAAUGCUUCUCUCUGUAUAAGCAAGUAAAGAAACUCAAUAAGCAGAUCGAGUCUGCAGAGGAAUUCAUCAGAGAAGGCAGGUAUGAAGAUGCUAUCAAUAAAUAUGAUUCUGUAAUGAAAACUGAGCCAGAAGUCCCAAUUUAUGCUACUCGUGCCAAAGAAAGGAUCUGCCACUGUUUAUCAAAGAAUCAGCAGGCUACAGAAGCCAUAAAAGUUUGUACAGAAGUUCUGCAGCUGGAACCAACCAAUGUGAAUGCCCUGAAAGACAGAGCAGAAGCUUAUUUGCUGGAAGACCUGUAUGAAGAAGCUAUUAAAGACUAUGAGACUGCUCAAGCCAACAGUGAAAAUGACCAGCAGAUUCGGGAGGGGCUAGAACGUGCCCAGAGGAUGCUGAAGCAAUCACAGAAGAGGGAUUACUAUAAAAUCUUAGGAGUAAAAAGAAAUGCUCGAAAGCAAGAAAUCAUAAAAGCUUACAGAAAGCUGGCAUCCCAGUGGCACCCUGAUAACUUUCAGAGUGAGGAAGAAAAGAAGAAAGCAGAGAAAAAAUUCAUUGAUAUAGCAGCUGCUAAAGAAGUCCUCACUGACCCAGAAAUGAGGCGGAAGUUUGAUGCGGGAGAGGACCCACUGGAUGCGGAGAGUCAGCAAGGUGGGGGCAACCCUUUCCACAGGAACUGGAACACAUGGCAAGGAUUCAACCCCUUUGGUUCUGGAGGAGGACCAUUUACAUUCAAAUUUCACUUCAGUUAGAGCCAAGACUGUUUCUGGUGGCUGCUGCUGUUUUUUACUUAAUUCGUUGAAAAAUAAAAAGUCUCUCAGUUCAAGACCCAAAAUCUUAAUUUCUAAUGUUGUCCUUAACCCAGAGUCUUACUGCACUAGGAGAAAGCUCCUCCUUUCUUUUAGCAUUAAGAGUUUGCUUGACAAGCUCAUACUGGUUGGUGGGGUUUGUUACUGCCUGUGUGUUUGUUGUGGUUAUGCAGGACAUGUUUAUUCCUAUGGAUGGAAAAAACAGUAAGAGGCUACUUAGGACAACACUUAAACAUAAAUUUAGGACUCAAGUAUGGGCUUAAAGGUAAAAAUGCAUGUAAAUAUUUUUCUGAAUCGGGGCCUAAUAAACGUGGAAGGGAUAGUUAAAAUAGUCUCUACAUUAACAGAUUGUUAGUCAUUGUGCUCAGCAGAAUGAUCCAUAUCUCAGUGUUCUUAAAAGGAAACCCUAGUGACCACCUGCUGUAUUACUGUUGGCGGUGCCAUAGGUAGGGUGACGAGGCUGCGUACUGAAUGAGUCUGAACAAUCGCUUUGAAAGAAGAUCGCUUGUAACUCAUUGUAUUUGAAAAUGUCUACUCACUUUAUUCAUUAACCUGAAAUGAGUUGGGGUAAUUGUGAAAGUCAGAAAAAAAAAAACCUGACACUUUUAGAAAGACUUUUUCUGAAUGUGAUUUGGGAUGCUUAGGUAUCGUUUUUUAGUAGUUUGCACUUUAAUAAAAUACUGCUUGAGAUUUGAGCAAAAAAUUUGAUGUGGCAUUUCCCUGACUAUGCAGCAAUUUGUCACUUCUCUGUACAUAAACUCAGAACUGAUACAGGUUGUGAGAUGAGUAUACUGCAGACUGUAGGAAUAUGGUAUUAACUCCAGCCCUCUCCCAUAAUACAACUUCAUUUCUGCUGGGUGAUGCAACUGAGUUAAUACUAUGUGAAAUUGUUUGAAGUAAUUUUAUAUUUUGUGUAACAGCAACAGUACUGCAAAAACAACUGCCUGUGUGCAAAAAGAGGGACUAACUUUCCAUUAGCCAAAAUCUGGUUUAUUUUUUCUAUAUGCACGUAGCAAAAACUGGUUUAGUGUGUUGAUUGAACUGUGUUAAUGCAAUGUGAGGUAUUACCAGGACUGUAGCUGCUAUGAGUGAAUAGUCUUCUCAUUCUGUAACCAAAUAUAUCGUAAUUACUGAUGAGUUUGAUCAGCAGCCAUUUUCUUAGAAUGCAAGAAUUACAGUUCAUCAAUGUUUUCUUGAUUGGGUUUUAACUGGAAGACAAUAAUCAGUUGAUAGGAACCUUCUCUCACUUCAACUCAUGGCAUUUGAAAGCAUAAGCAGCCUCAGUAAAACAAAUGGAAUUGGCAAAUAAGGCUUUCAGUCUGAAAGUGGAUUUUUUUUAUUACUGUAAUCAGAGUUGCUGUUGAAACAUAACCCUUGUCUCCUGCCUCAGGUAGUUCACAAAUAUAAUGGUGAGGGCAUGUGGCUUUGUAAAAUGUUUUUCAACAGCAAUUGAAAGGUCAGUGUUUGUUCAGCAGAAAUUUAUCUUCAAGCUGAAGAGUGUAUGUGGUGGUUUCUAACAGUUUAUGGUACAAAAACACCCCAGCAGCCUAUUAAACUCCAGUGUCAGAUAUUUUCCAAGCUGAAUGGCUUUCUAGAAGUUUGACUUCUGCUUUUGACCUGUCUGAAAGCUUUUUGUUUAAACUCUGUAGAAGAUGCUCAGGAUGCUGUUCAUGCCCUUCUAGGCUAGUGUGGUUCUCCUAGGACCUCUAGGGCUCAAACAUAGGAACUUGCUGCACAAGAAAUAACCUGUCACCCCGUGGUAUCGGCCGAUGCAGACAGCUCUCUGCGCAUGUGCUUUUUGCUCAAAGUAAGUGAAAAUGGGUAGGUAGCUUU